UAGUCCACAGCCGAGGUCGCAACGUAUCAUCCUCCCGGCGACUGAACGCCACUCAGGACCUCGACCAGCAUCGCGCCUACGCCGCUCUUCCUCAAAUGAUUCUCUCCAUCUGUUACGUGUUCCUGGGCCUCGUCAUCCCCUAUUGAUUCAAGUUGCAUUCUGACGCGCUACAUAUUUGCCCAUGAUCGAAGAGGGCACAAAUCGCAGGCGCAUCUACUCGCCACCGCUGGCGAGCAGUCCCGGACCUCCUCCGGCCGAUGUGCAAUGCAGUGGCCGACGCAUACCUGGCGCGCGGACAGCUCUCGCUCUCUCACCAGACUUUGUUCUUCACACUGGAGGAGAUAGUGCAGAAGUCCUUCGCGUCCUUCUGGCGCUAGCCAGCUUCUCCCGAACUUUGUCCAUUCGCAGCCCGUGGGCCGUCGUGACCACCAUCCGUGCGACUAUUCUGCCCAAGACCGGGUGUAUGAUAUUGCGAACUAUAGUCUUCUGCUUCUCUGUCGACGUUUAUGCGCAUCAGAUAUUGCGCGCGCUAAGCCCUCUAUGGGCUAGCAUUUGUACUCCCGUGCACAUGCUCCCAACGGCUCAACGCAACCUGCAUCCGAGUCUAAGCUUGCCCUCUGCUACUACCGACGCCGCGCGAGAGUCUUGAGGAUGACGCCACUAGGAGGAAUUUUACGACACUCCAAUUCGAACGAACCAUCGGCUUACCCGAUGCGCUAUGUAUGCAUACCUAUGUAUGAUGGAGAUACGUGCCAAUACAAUAUUAAGAAAAUAUGGAGAAAAGAGAUCGAAGAAAGAGAGGGUCCUAGUUCCGUCUACAAGGUAUACGU